AUGGAUAAAAUUACUUAUAAACCUGUUCAUAAACGAUAUUUAUCGCUCUCGAUUUCUCCACGGUCUCGAAGCUACUACGGAACAGUUGAGUCACUCAGCAAAAACUGUAAGAAUUUUCAAGAUAACUCAUUGCAAAAAGAAGUCCUCCGCAAAGAGCUCAAUUCAAAACUGAACAUAAAUUUGCAAGAAAAGCAUAAAAAUGUAAAAGAAAAAGUGAACUAUUUCAAGUCAAUCGCUGACAAAGCAGCAUUUUUAGACUCUCAGCUGCUGCUAGUCAAAGAAGAAAUGAUAAGACUUAAAAAGGAAUCUCAACAAAUGGAAAAAUCAGCUACGAAAAUACAAAAAGUCACCAGAGGGUAUCUAAUUAGGAAAAAAUAUGAAGACGUACUUGCUACUUACUUUUCUCCUUCUGUAAGCAAGCAAAAAAAAUCAAAUAAUGCCUUCAGAAAAUUAGGGGUGAGGCGGAAAAAACCCCGCUGGGUUUUUUUCCGCCAACUUUUUCACCUUUAAAUUUAUAGGAAAAUUUUGAAUUUUCUCCAGAUGGCGGAAAAAAACCCCCCAUAAUAAAAAAAAAAGUAGUGGCGGAAAAAAAAAAACCCCAGCGAAAACAAAAACCGUCAAAGCCAGAGGAAAAAAACCCCAAAUGGUGCUAAAAACGGAGGAAAAAAACCCCAAUAUACAAUAUAAUUAAAUGCUUAAAAUGAUAGGCAAAUAUUAGAGAAAAUACAAAUAAAUAUUUAUAAUUUAGUUACAAUAAAUCAAUUAAAACAAUAUUAAUAUAUAGAUGUAUAGAUUUAUUCUCAAAGUAACUAUAAAGCUAUGAUUAACAAAAAUAAUGGAAAAAUAUAAAAAUCAACUAUAAAAAAAAAAUUUACAUUCAAAACCUGGCGGAAAAAAACCCCGAAACGGUGCAAAAACCAGAGGAAAAAACCCCGAGUAUGGGGUGAAAAUUGGCGGAAAAAAACCCCCAAUUUUUUUUUUCAAAUAUUAUCAGCGAGGAUAGAUUUUUAAUGCUUAUUACCUAUUAAUUAAUUAAUUAAUUAUUAAGCUAAUUCAUUCUAAUUUGUCAAUCUAUGAGCUAUUUAUAUAUUGCUAAAUCAUUCAGCGUUCUAAUUAUAAAAAGUUAUUUGAAUAAUAAACAAGAAGGUGAAAAAUUUACUUUAAUACUAUCCAAUACUAAACCAUAUAUUUACUUUCGAUGCAUCAUGUACUAUAGAGGUUUCCUCUAUAUAGCGCUAAAAGCGCAGACAUUUUCCCAGGAGCUUUCCAAGUUCGUCGGACCAAAUCGCUUUUUGGUCCGACCAAGGCAUUGAUUUGGUGCAACCUACCGAUAAAUUCCGAUCAGAAUUUAUCGGCCUUACAGCGCCAAACAUAGGAAACUUCUAUAGCUCAUCUUGUAUUCACUUGCGACACAAACUGCACUAGCUCAUCUUGUGUCAACUUGUGGCACAUCCUGUUCUUGCUUAUUUUUGUAUUCGCCUGCGACACAUCCUGUAGAGAUCAUCCUGCAUCCAACUGCGAUAUAUCCUAUAUAGAUCGUUAUGAAAGAAUACCUUAAGAGGUAAAAUAGCGAUCUUACAAGUCAAAAUGGCAAUGACAAUUGUUAUUUUUAUAGCAAUUACAGAUUUGGCUUUGCAAACUUUUUCUAUAGAUUGUAUUUGUCAAGCCAAACGUGAACUGGCCAUACAAAUGGUCUUUGCCAUUGUUAGAUGAAUUUUUUAGAUAGCUACUUUUGAUCUUUAGAUAUUGUUCUACAGAGAUCAAAAUAACAUAUAGGGGCUAUGCCAGUUUAACUUGUAUCCACUACGACAAAUCCUGUACUAGCAAAACGUGCAUCCGCCUGCAACGCAUAAGACUAGCUCACCUUUUAUUCAUCCUCGACAUAUCCUGAAAAGCUCAUAAUAAAGGAAGCAUAUAAACUUAGUCUUAACCUGAUUGAUGAGACUGGAGCAAAUAUGCUGAAUUGUAUCCGUUCACCCAUUGUAUUGAAUAUUUAUAAAUCCACAAACAUAACGAUGACACCCUCAAUCUUCAUGUCUAUUGCAACAAAAAUUUUUCGAAAAAAUUUUCAUGCCUACUCAACACAACAUUUUUAUAAAAAAAACAUUUAAUGCAUUUUUCUCUAGGUGAGUUUCUCAAAAAAAAACCAUAAAACAGCGUUGCUGUAGACGUAUCAAUGACCUUCUCAUCAAGAUUUGGACGGCUAUUGCAAUCGCUCGCCAUUUUAUUAAACUUAUCUAGCAAAAAAGUACGAAAAAAUUUAAGAUGCGCAUCGAAAAUUUGUUGCAAGCGACAUGAAAAUUAUUUUUUCUAUAUAAAAUUUUUAUAUUAAAAAAUUGCAUUUUUGUUGCAAUAGACAUGAAGAUUGAGGGGGUGUCAUCGUUAUAUAAAAAUCUAUCCUCGCUGAUAAUAUUUGAAAAAAAAAUUAUUAUAAAAAAAAAAUAUUGGGGGUUUUUUCCGCCAAUUUUCACCCCAUACUCGGGGUUUUUUCCUCUGGUUUUUGCACCGUUUCGGGGUUUUUUCCGCCAGGUUUUGAAUGUAAUUUUUUUUUAUAGUUGAUUUUUAUAUUUUUCCAUUAUUUUUGUUAAUCAUAGCUUUAUAGUUACUUUGAGAAUAAAUCUAUACAUCUAUAUAUUAAUAUUGUUUUAAUUGAUUUAUUGUAACUAAAUUAUAAAUAUUUAUUUGUAUUUUCUCUAAUAUUUGCCUAUCAUUUUAAGCAUUUAAUUAUAUUAUAUAUUGGGGUUUUUUCCUCCGUUUUUAGCACCAUUUGGGGUUUUUUUCCUCUGACUUUGACGGUUUUUGUUUUCGCUGGGUUUUUUUUCCGCCACUACUUUUUUGUUAUUAUGGGUUUUUUUUCCGCCAUCUGGAGAAAAUUCAAAAUUUUCCUAUAAAUUUAAAGGUGAAAAAGUUGGCGGAAAAAAACCCAGCGGGGUUUUUUCCGCUUCGCCCGAAAAUUAGCUUCCAUCAAAAAUUUUUUUUCUAUGAUAAGUGAAAUUAUAUCAAAUUUAAAUUUUGUAAUUGGAUUUUUUAUCGAAAAUUAAAAAAAAAAAUUGCUUGCUGUUGAUGGCGGAGCUAGGAAAUCACUGAAAUCAUAAACAAAAAAACCAUUAACUGCUUAGGAAAUUUAAGAAGGCAAAACGAUUAUAUGAUUUUCGGUGUCGGUCUAAUGCCUGACAUCGCAGCAAAAAGAAUACAAAAAUUGUGCAAAAUUUACAUUUUUAGGAAAAAAAUAUUCAGGCUUCAAAAUGUUUAUGAAAUUCUUUAUGAAGCAAAAGUAAUCCAUGCCUAUAAAACUUUGGUUCCUGUAAUGCAAAGGUUCCACGCAAAAGUUUGUGUUAUGUUAGCAAGGCAAGAAAGUAAUAAGCAAAAAAGGCUUAAAGAAAUAAGAGAAAAAAUUGCAAUAUUUAAAAUCAGAAGAUUUUAUAAAAAGAAAAAGCUUAACUUUAGGCUUCUAAGACUAAAAGUCAAAAAAUGGCGAAGACAAGUGAGGCUCAGACCAAUGAGGAAAAAAGCUGUUAUGGAAAUCUUUAAAAAAGUAGCAUUAGACGCUAAAGGAGAGCUGGAAAAUAAGGCAAUUUCUCAAGAAAAUCAGCUUACGAUUCCACAGCCUGAAACUAUUGAAAAAUCUCCAACUCCAGAAAGCGUUGAUAAUGAAGAUGCCUUAAGUGCGGUAGACUCUCAAGCAGAGCCUGACGAAGAAGCAAUUGCCAGACAAAAACUUCUAAAAGAGCUUGAAGAGCUCAGAAAAGCAAAAUUAAAAAUAUCAGGAAUCACUUAUAACUGUAAAAAACUGCAAGAGUCAAGACUUUUACCUUAUUUAAUAAAAAGAGAGGCUAACUCGCAGCAAGAAUCACCUACCAAUUUAUUUAUAUCCCUUCCAAUCCCUGACAAAAAAGUGCCAAAACUGCCUGAAAGAUCAAUAACCACCAAAAAUGCCCGAAAAAUCAAUCCAUUCGAGGAGCCAAAUUACAUGAGGCAAACUAUGUGCUUUAGCCGAAGAAGAUGGGACGCUGAGCUUAUUUUUGAAAAUGAAGAGGACGAAGAAAAGUCAAGCAAAACAAUUGACAUGAAAAGCAUUGAGAAAAUCUCGAAGCCAACCACAGCCUUCCUACAAAAAAUUUCAACCCCAAGAAAAUGGUCACCAGAGAAUCAGAAAAUCUGGAGACCAAACACCCAAUAUGAGCCUGAGUAUAUCGGCGGUAUCGAUAACCCUCAUUUUAUGCCGAAGCUCAAAACUUUUUCCAAAAUCAGCACCGCCACUCAUUCACCGUCGCUGAGGACACACUCAAAUUUAACAGAAGUUCAUACCGAAUCACUCACUUCAAAUAAUUCACCUGAAAAUAAAAAAUUCAGCCCUUUUUCGCUAACAUUCCAAGGAGCUUUGCCUGAGUUAUCAUCUUUUAUUACUCAAUAUAGCCCUAGCAAGUAUCGAGUGUAA